AUGACCCAGUACCUACCGCCCAAUCUGUUGGCCUUCUUCGCCCCCCGUGAGCCGCUGCCCUUCCUGCCGCCGGUGGUGAAGCUGCCGCACGAGAAGAAGACCAAGGGCUACUUUGGCGUCGGCCAGUACCUGCACCUCUUUGAGGAUCCAAAAGACACACCACCGCCGACGAAGAUUGAGACGAGAGAGGAGCGGCUGGAGAGGAAGAAGCGAGAAAAGCAGGAGCAAGCGGCCUACAUAAAGGAACAGGGAAUCGCGUUGUGGGACCCUCACAACAAUCCCGACUCGACCAGUGACCCCUACAAGACGCUCUUCGUCGCCCACAUCACCCCCGACACGACUGAAUCGAAGCUGCGGAAGGAGUUUGAGCAGUUUGGUCCGAUUCAAAAGAUUUCCAUUAUCUACGAUAAAAUAUCAGGAAAGCAUAAGGGCUACGCUUUUGUUGAGUAUGAAAAUGAAAAGGACAUGCAUGCUGCCUACAAGUACGGAGACGGUAAGAAAAUUGAAGGUCGUCGAGUGCUGGUCGACGUGGAGCGAGGCCGCACCGUCAAGGGAUGGCUGCCCAAGAGACUAGGAGGCGGACUGAGCGAGACUAAAAAGGUGCAGUCUCGCGACGACCGAGACGACAA